AUGCGCAGUAGGAGUCUCGCUGCGCAUGCGCGCUGUGUACUAGCUGGUAUACCCGGUGCCCCUCCAGGUCUCGCCGUAGUAGCCCACCAGCCCUCACUCACACCCCGCAGGCUCGGUGCCUGGCAGCGGGUGCUAUGGCUGAUAACGAUGACUUCUACGAGCAGCUGCGGCUGCAACAGCUGUGCCAGGAGCGUGAGGCUGCAGGGGGGCUGGAGCCCUUAACCUACAAGGACCCCAGUGAUGGCACUGAGUAUGAGUGGGACAUGGAUAAGAAGGCCUGGUUCCCCAAGAUAACAGAGGAUUUCUUGGCAUUGUACCAUGCAAAUUAUGGCAUACAUACAGAAAAUGCAGAUGAUUCUACUACUGCCAAUGUAUCUACCAAAACUCAGAAGUCUGGUACCCCCAAGGGACCUAAAGGUGUACAAAUACCUACGAAAGAAAAGAUUCAGACGGAAGCAGCUGAACAAAAAGGAAAGGGAGAAAAACGCAAGCAAGAUCAAGGGUGGUUUAAUGUAGAAGACCAGAGAAACACAAAUGUCUAUGUAACAGGGCUUCCUCUAGAUUUAACCAAUGACGAAUUUGUACAGAUAAUGUCCAAAUGUGGAAUUAUAAUGCGAGAUCCAAUGACAGAGGAAUAUAAAGUAAAGCUGUAUAAAGAUAAGCAAGGGAAUCUUAAAGGGGACGGUUUGUGCUGUUAUCUCAAGAAAGAAUCUGUGGGCCUGGCUCUGAAACUACUUGAUGACUAUGAGAUAAGAGGAUAUAGGCUUCAUGUUGAAUGUGCAACAUUUGAACUCAAGGGGGAGUAUGAUGCCACCAAGAAGAGAAAGAAAUCCAAAGACUACAGGAAGAAGUUAACUAUGCAGCAAAAGCAAUUGGACUGGAGACCUGAGAAGAAGGCAGAAGUAAGAAAGCGUUUUGAGCGAGUCAUUAUAAUUAAAAACAUGUUUCACCCAAGUGACUUUGAGGAAGAUCCCUUGGUGCUAAAUGAAAUUCGAGAAGAUCUUCGGUCUGAAUGCGAAAAGUUUGGACAAGUAAAGAAAGUCCUAAUAUUUGAUAGACACCCUGACGGAGUGGCCUCCGUGGCUUUCAGAGAGGUAGAAGAAAGUGAUAUGUGUAUCCAGACUCUGAAUGGAAGGUGGUUUGGUGGUCGUCAGCUGGUGGUUGAAGCGUGGGAUGGCGUAACAGAUUACCAGAUUGAAGAAACCUCUCGAGAAAGGGAAGAGAGGCUCAAAGGGUGGGACACAUUCCUCCAUUUGGGAAAAACUGAGGGAACCAGUGACAAGAACUCAAACCCUACAAACGAAGUAGAGUCAGACAAAAAAACGAAUGAAGAUACACCGUCUACAAAUAACAAGGACAGUAACGGUGAUCAGGCUGAAAACGAUAAAGCUGAUCCAGCAGAGGAUGAUGCCGAGUCUACGGAUAGCAGCAUCGGCAGCAGUGACGAAGACGACACAGAUAAAGGACACUUGUAAUUUCACAAACACCUGUUUCAGCUCGCUUCCUGUAUGGGGACUUUGGGAGAACCACUUGUGGUAUUUGCCUGAAUAUGAACUGUCAAGACGUUUAGAAAAUUUAUGUUGCAGUUACUGAACAGAGUGGAGAAAGAGAAAAAAAAUUACAGAAUGUUUUUUCUUUCUAUCUUUUUAUUUUAUUUUUAAACUCAUGUAAAAGUUGCCGGAAGCCCAUGAAACUGGAUUAGCUGGUUUUGUAACUGGUAUUAUUUCAGGAAAAUGAUAUAGCUAUAUGACAAGAUAUGCAACCACAAUCCAAAAUAGCGUCGGUUCAUGUGGGACUGUAUUAAGAACUCAAAGGACUCUACGUAGCGCAACAUGUAUCCUCAGAGACCUGCAAAUUUAGAUAAAUCUAAUGAAGUAUUCUAGAUGUUUUUAAACAGCCAGCUUGUUGCUUCCUAGUUGUGGAAUGACAACUCCUGUGAUGCUCUUACUUGUAAUUUGGGAUGGUUGCUGAGCAUUGUGGGACUUGUGGCUUCACUGCAGUAGUAGUGCAACUUGCUGAAUACCGCCGAUUCAAAUACUAUAUCAUUUACCUAAUCUUAUUGUGAGCACUGAUACACCUUUCAGGCAGUUUCAUACUUCUGUAGAGGUCCAUAAAGUGAGAGAAGAUGCUAUUUACAAAUAUUUAAAACUUACUAAGUCAUUCGCUAAAUUGAGAAUCCAAAGUAAUUUUCACAUUUUGAGCCAGAGUCGCUGAACUGAAGGCAUAGCUGACCUCAAGACAUUUUCCAGUUUGGCUAUAUUGUCGUUAAAUUCUCACUUUAGUGACUUAACCCUGUUAGAGGAACGUGUGUCUUUCAGGAUACGGUGUGCUGACUGAAUUUGCAGGUUGACCAGCAUCCUCUUUCUCUCUCUUUAAUGGUCCAUUCUGACUAAGUGUAGCUUUGAACUCGCCAGCAUUCAAGGUCCCGGGGCACAUAAUCCUAUAGAGCUUUAUCUGCCUCAUCAGACUAACAUUAUAGUUGAAAAUAACUAUGAAAAAAAGAGUCACACUCAUGAAGAAUUAUAGAACUAGAUCUACUUGACAUUAAGGGUAUAUUCAGUAAGGGACAAUGUACACCUGGGAGCAAACUUUGGUUUCUAAUUUUUUUCAAUUAAUAAAAACACCCACCAUCCUCACAUAGAACGAUACAAAUUCAAUAUUUCUUCAUUUAUGUAGCAGAAGGGAACGGCUGUCUAGGUAUAUCUCAAGCCAAAAAUAAUGCCCAUGAUACUUGUUUGAAAUUGAGCUACCCAAAUAUUCAUGGCCUAUCAUCAUGUAUAAGUUAGCACAUGUAUACAUCUACUGCACAUCAUAAACAUGUACAGCUGUUGAUGUAUACUAUGAAAAGUUGUCAAAAUCAAUUCACCAUUUGUUGGGAAAAAUCAUUUGGGGAAAGGUUUUGUCCCUUUAUAUUCACAUUUUUUUUUUUUUUUUAAAGAUAUGCCUGACUUUCCUACUAUUUUGCACUGUUAUAUGGCUCUAAACCAUUAACAAGUGCAGAAUGACAUUUAUAUGAUCAGGUCUCUUUUUUGGCCAUUGAAUAUCUUUAAAUAGUGAUCCCAAACCUUUGGAAUUGCAGCUCUUUGAGACUGCUUGUGACGUGAAGUUCAUCCAGACAGAUGUGCGAAUCGUAUUCUACAGCAGCUACAGUGCCAAAGGUCAGCCAUUUCUGGCUUUCUCCCUAUUAAAUCGUGGACUGGUUUUUCUUGCUGCUUGCAUAGAUCUGCACUGCUCUCAUUCUUGUAACUGUAUUCCAUUUAAUUAAAUUAAAAUAAUUUGCUUUAA